AUGGUUCGUAAGAACCUGCUGACGAUCCGCUCCGAGUACAACGUUAUCUCGACCAAGCUCAGCAAGACUAAGGGGCGACUUCGCACGGUGAAGGAAAACCUGGAGAAGGACCUGGGUCCUGACGGCGAGUUUGCUUCAUUCGCCGACCACUGCUUCUCCUUCAAACUCGUUUCUCACUUGACCAUCCACCAUGUUGCUCUUGACCCUCUCCUCCCGUUCCCCCCUUCCUCUAUCCACCUCCUCUUCCCGUCCCUUCUCUCCCACACCCUCCUCCCAUUCCCCUCCUUCCCAAACCCCCCUCCCAUUCCCCUCCUUCCCAAACCCCCCUCCCAUUCCCCUCCUUCCCAAACCCCCCUCCCCUUCCCCUCCUUCCCAAACCCCCCUCCCCUUUCCCCUCCUUCCCAAACCCCCCUCCCCUUCCCCCCUCCCCUUCCCCCCUCCCCUUCCCCCCUCUCCUUCCCCUCCUUCCCAAACCCUCCUCUCCUUCCGCCUUCUCCCAAGACACCCGCCUUGCCUCUCCCCCCUCCACACCCUCCCCCUCUCGUCCCCCUCAACCCCAGAUAUGAGUAUGAGUACGAGGUGUGCCCAUAUCGGCAGGUGAAGCAGAAGGAGAAGCACCACUCUGAUACCACCAAGGUGAAGCAGAUGGAUGGGGGAUCACCACCAGUCUGCUCUGAUACCAGUAGUACCCCAGUACUUGCCCCCACAGUGGAGCUACCGGUGUGCUAUGCGGUGCUGCGGGGUGCUCAGAGCUGCUAUUCUUCAUUCGGCUUGCUUGCUUUCAUCCCUGCUGCAUUCGGCUUGCUUGCUUUCAUCCCUGCUGCAUUCGGCUUGCUUGCUUUCAUCCCUGCAGCAUUCGGCUUGCUUGCUUUCAUCCCUGCUGCAUUCGGCUUGCUUGCUUUCAUCCCUGCAGCAUUCGGCUUGCUUGCUUUCAUCCCUGCAGCAUUCGGCUUGCUUGCUUUCAUCCCUGCUGCAUUCGGCUUGCUUGCUUUCAUCCCUGCUGCAUUCGGCUUGCUUGCUUUCAUCCCUGCAGCAUUCGGCUUGCUUGCUUUCAUCCCUGCAGCAUUCGGCUUGCUUGCUUUCAUCCCUGCUGCAUUCGGCUUGCUUGCUUUCAUCCCUGCUGCAUUCGGCUUGCUUGCUUUCAUCCCUGCUGCAUUCGGCUUGCUUGCUUUCAUCCCUGCAGCAUUCGGCUUGCUUGCUUUCAUCCCUGCUGCAUUUGGCUUGCUUGCUUUCAUCCCUGCUGCAUUCGGCUUGCUUGCUUUCAUCCCUGCAGCAUUCGGCUUGCUUGCUUUCAUCCCUGCAGCAUUCGGCUUGCUUGCUUUCAUCCCUGCUGCAUUCGGCUUGCUUGCUUUCAUCCCUGCAGCAUUCGGCUUGCUUGCUUUCAUCCCUGCAGCAUUCGGCUUGCUUGCUUUCAUCCCUGCUGCAUUCGGCUUGCUUGCUUUCAUCCCUGCUGCAUUCGGCUUGCUUGCUUUCAUCCCUGCUGCAUUCGGCUUGCUUGCUUUCAUCCCUGCAGCAUUCGGCUUGCUUGCUUUCAUCCCUGCAGCAUUCGGCUUGCUUGCUUUCAUCCCUGCUGCAUUCGGCUUGCUUGCUUUCAUCCCUGCUGCAUUCGGCUUGCUUGCUUUCAUCCCUGCAGCAUUCGGCUUGCUUGCUUUCAUCCCUGCUGCAUUCGGCUUGCUUGCUUUCAUCCCUGCUGCAUUCGGCUUGCUUGCUUUCAUCCCUGCUGCAUUCGGCUUGCUUGCUUUCAUCCCUGCAGCCGCUGGUCGGGCUUUGAGGACAACUACCAAAGGAUGA